AACCGUGAUCAAGUAUUUUUAGAGAGUAGUCAAACAUCGAGCCAGCCAGGCUAACAUUUCGUUAAAAUAAGCUAGCCGGAAAAAUUAAAAGCAUUAAAAAUCCUCACCCGCUGCCGCCGUGGGUGUCGAUGUGACAGAGGAGAAAUCUUUUUGUUUUAUCUCACUCCCCAAACCAUAAAACCAACUUCCGUCGCUGUGCAGUGGGGGAUUGUGGGUAUUGAGGUUUGGCGUCACGUUUUGGAUCCAGCAUGGCAGCGAAACAGAAGAGAAAAUUGGAGGACCUCAGCAUGGAUGAGUUCCUGCUGUCAGGCUUCGACUCUCCAGACGAGGAUGGCUCAGAAGAAGAGACACCCAGUCCUCAGAAAAAGGAUGCCAUUAGUCCUAAUAAAAAUGAAAAUAAGAGGGGUAGAGCAUCUCAGCACAAGCACCAGUUGUCCAAAUUAAAAAACAAAGAUCCAGAAUUUUACAAAUUCCUUCAGGAUAACGACCAAUCUCUGCUCAAUUUUGAUGAUACUGACAGCUCUGAGGAUGAAGAUGAAAAAACAUACCAUAAAUUGCCAUCCGUUCUGGAGGAGGCUAGCUCUGAUGACGACGAUGAAGAGGGUCAGAAGAGUUCUAGGAAAUCUAAAAAGACAGUGGAGACGAUUAAAGUCACAAUCAAAAUGAUUGAAGAAUGGAAAACUGCACUGAAGACACAUCCAGUACCUCGUACCUUCAGAGAGGUCACCCAGGCCUUCAAGGCUGCUAUUGCAACAACAAUGGGUGAAGGAGGGGGUCAGUGUCGCUAUAAAGUGGCUGACAGCUCAGUGUUCAACGCUCUGGUCCUGUUCUGCAUCAAAGACCUUUAUAUGAUCCUGCAGAAGAUGCUCAAUCUGAAGCCCAGCAAAGACCAAAACAAGCCGGUGUUCCCAUCAUCCAGUUCAAAAUGGCACAGGAAUCUGACCGAUAUCAAGAUGUACCUCAGCGGAGUUGUCCAGCUGUUAUCAAGUCUCACAGAAGCCUCAGUUGUCGGAGCCGUUCUGAAGCAUGCUAACCAGCUUGUGCUUUAUUACCUUUGUCUACCCAAACAGUGCCGCCACCUCAUUAAGCAACUUUUGAAGCAGUGGAGCACAGGAGAGGAGAUGAGUCGGGUUCUUGCCUUUUUGGCCCUAAACAAAAUCAGCAGACAUAAGCAGAAAACAUACCUGAACUCUAUUCUCAAGCAAAUGUACAUUUCUUAUGUACAAAACUGCAAGUUCACAUCUCCCAACAUGCUUCCCAUGGUCAACUUCAUGCAGCGGACAUUAACAGAGAUGUACUCUCUGGAUACUCAGGCCACCUAUCAACAUGGCUUCAUAUACAUCCGACAGCUGGCCAUUCAUCUGAGGAACGCCAUGACCAUGAAGAAAAAGGAAACGUAUCAGUCUGUGUAUAACUGGCAGUAUAUUCAUUGUCUGUACCUGUGGAGCCGAGUCCUCAGCACCCUUCAUCCCAGCGACGUCCUUCAGCCUCUCAUCUAUCCACUCUGCCAAGUCGUAAUCGGCACAAUCAAGCUGGUGCCGACUGCAAAAUACUACCCUCUGAGGAUGCACUGCUGCAGAGCCCUCACUCUGCUGUCAAGCAGCACCAACACUUUUGUGCCAGUUCUGCCUUUCCUCCUGGAGAUUUUUCAGCAAGUUGACUUCAACAAAAAGCCGGGUCGAAUGAGUAAGAAACCCAUAAACUUUGCAGUCAUCCUGAAGCUAAACAAGGUCAACCUGAUGGAGAAAGCCUACAAGGACGGGUUGAUGGACCAGCUGUAUGACCUGAUGCUGGAGUACUUCCACUCUCAGGCCAGCUCCAUCAGCUUCCCUGAACUGGCUCUGCCCACCGUUAUUCAGCUAAAGGCUUUUCUGAAAGAAUGCAAAGUGGCCAAUUACUCGAAGCCCAUGCGCCAGCUGUUGGACAAGGUUCAGGAGAACAGCAACUACAUCACAGCACAGAGGCAGAAGGCCACCUUUGGAGUGGCUGAUACAGCUGCUGUGGCGGUUUGGGAGAAACGGAUCAAGGAGGAGGGGACUCCCCUCAGCAGGUACCACAGCCAGUGGAAGAAGCUGCGGGAGAAGGAGAUCCAGCUGGAGAUCUCUGGCAAAGAGAGGAUGGAGGAUUUGGACCUUCCUGAGAUCAAACGCAGAAAGAUUCAGGACAGGAAAAUAGAGGACAAGAAGGAGUUUAAGGAUCUGUUCCAGUCUGACAGCAGCUCAGAUGAAGAGAACGGAGGACUGAAAAUCAAGGGUAAGAAGAGGAGCCCUGCAUCUGAUGAUGAAGAUGAUGAUGACCUUGAAGAUCUGUCUGACUUCAGUGAUGAAGAGGGGAUGGAGGAAGAAGACUCAGGUGAUGAUGACGAAGAGGGAGGUGGUAAAAAUAAAUCCAAGGCUCCUAAACCAAUGUCUUCUGCUGAUCUCAUAAAGCUGGCAGAAGGACAGGAGGAUGUUGUUGAAGACCUGCAGCUCUCUGAUGAUGAAUGAGGGUCAUGGAGUUUGUGUGUAACCCUGUUCUUAAACUUUCAUUUUUGUAUUGCUCUGUGUACAUUGCAAACAAGAUUGUUUUGUUUACACUGACCAAAACAAGACCAUUUAGAAUUCA